AUGGCUUUAUUGGCUAUUUACCAGUAAAAUAUUUUUGUUGUUAUUUUCCCAAGGAAAUAAUCUUAAUUUAUGUGUAUAGUUUUAGGUUAAAAAGUGGUAAAAUACGAAGGUUUCGAUUCCACUUUAUUUAAGACUUCAGCCAUGGACCCAUAUGGGAGUGUACCGGUCUUUAUAGACGUGGAACGAGCACCAGACCGGUAUAUUCUUACCCAAGGAAUGUGCCAAAACCUCAUUCAAGACAAAAUGGAGACCAGCACUGGGGAAAGCCACGCAUUUGAUCCAAGCCAGCCUCCUGCAAUGGUGCAUCAAAACCAACCAAUGCCGACAAGUCAAGCAGCUUCAAACCAAGACUUGCAAGUGAUGUCAAGUCAAACUGAAGUCGGUCAAAGUGAAGCUAAAAAGCCAAGUGGGACUGGAAAGGCGGACGAGGCAGCCUUGGGGCCGGUGCCGCGCCGAAUACGUUGCCCUGAAUGUCAGCGUUACACGGCAGAGAAUGAGGAAAAAAUGCUGCGUCACAUCAAAAAGGUCCAUAAAGGCGAAAACCCCUUCCAAUGCUACAUGUGCGACUACAGCACAUACAAUAAAAGCCUAUUCGAGGAACACGUUCGCAUCCAUCAAGGAAUUAAACCCUUCAAAUGCUCCCAAUGUGAUUACAAGAGCGCAUCAAAAAAAAACUUAAAAAAACACGCAUUGAUCCAUAGACCAAACAACCCACUAAAAUGUAAACAAUGCGAUUUCAUUGGAAGACAUUCGAAAGCCUUAAAAAGACACGAGGAAACUCACUCGGACGCUGAUUGGCUAAAGUUUGACAGCUGCAAAUUCCAAUUUCAAGAUUUGGCCGCGUUCAAAAAACAUGAACGCACCCAUAAGUUUAAAUGUAAAGAUUGCGAUUUUAAAAGCUGUUCGAGACCGUUUUUAAAACGACACAUGGUUAAAGAGCAUGGUUUGACAGAUGAUACUGUCAAAUGGGGCAGUUUCAGCUGUCAGAUUUGUGGUUGGACUUCUAGUACGAUGGCGAAGAUUCUGCUGCAUUUGAUACAUCAUCCUAAGCAAGAGGUUGAUGAAAGUGUUAUAGAUAUAAGUGUUUUGAGGAAGCAUGGUAUUAUGGGGUGAAAUCUUAGACUAAUACAGCUAAGAAUGGUAUUGACAAGUGGUUUUUAGAAAGUAUGAACAAUUUAAGGCAAUUAAUGUUGUAUAAUUUAUAGUGGGACAUAAAAUAGUAGAAAUUAAAUAAAAUGGAACUUAAAAAUUUCUAUACUAAAUUGUUGCCAUGUUUAAGCAUUUUACGUCAAAAAUGUGACAGUUACGUAGGAAGUGGCGCCCUCAAUAAUUUUCUACAAUUUCUUGUCUGACUAUACUUUCACAUUUUAUAUUUAC